AUGGCGGAUUCCACGAGCACCGAGCAUGCAGCAGCUGCUGACCGGCGGACGCAGUCGGAACGCGCAAUGGAGCAUCUGGAGUGGCUUGGCGGCCAGCUGCAUCCACUCGAGCAGACCAUCCUCCUCAACAACCUGGAAAAAUUCAUGAAGGACUCCGACAAUAUGGUUGCUCGCAUCAAGCGCGGCGAGCGGCCGGCUGACGUCUUUGCAUCGGACGAGCCCACGACGCGACCCGGACCACCCCCCACCGAGCUUGAUGCGGGACCUUCGAGACGGCGACGCUUGAGCUCUGGCCAAAGCAGAGCGCUAAACGGAUCUGCCUCCGCUUCAUCGACGUCUUCGGAAGCGGCACGGCGCGGUCUGUUGAGCCCUGAGCAGGGCGCGGCUCCCGCCAAUCCACGCAAAAGAGCGGCGGAAUAA